GUCCAUGCCACGUGAGACGAUUUAAUUUCUCGCUUGAGAUCGGGAAACCUCGCGAUAGCUUAUCCUGGGCGGACCGAACGUAAAGAUUCAAUCGUCGGCAUGACCUCCGCGUUGGAAAACUACAUCAACCGUACUGUUGCUGUGAUUACUUCAGAUGGCCGAAUGAUUGUGGGCACUCUCAAGGGCUUUGAUCAGACAAUCAAUUUGAUUUUGGAUGAGAGCCAUGAAAGAGUAUUCAGUUCUUCGCAAGGAGUGGAACAAGUAGUAUUAGGACUAUACAUUGUGAGAGGAGAUAAUGUAGCUGUAAUUGGGGAAAUAGAUGAAGAAACAGAUUCAGCCCUUGACUUGGGAAAUAUUCGAGCAGAACCUCUGAACUCAGUUGUACAUUGAAAGACAGAAGAAUAAGGACUGCUUUACAGAAUUAUUUAUAUACAAUGGCAAGACUCCUUUUUAAAAUUCACAUAAUUUGGAUCAUUUAUACCUAUUUUUUACUGUUAACGCUUUAUGUAAAUUAAAGUAUACAUUUUACUGCUGACUCCAACAUAGCAAUGGGAAAAACAACUUUAAAAAUUGUUACCUAGAAGUGUUAUAGCUUAGAACAUAAGGAAAUGAAAAUUCUAAACUACUGACACAAAAGAAAUAUUUUGCUGGGAGAAACAUUCAGAAAAAGUAAAUGAUUUUUAAAUUUUAUUAAAUAAAUCACAUUAAGUACAAUCGUACUUAAUAAAAAUAUUUUUAAUUUCUUAAAAUAAUGACUGGGUGGUUUGUGCCAUUUUAAUUUACUAAGCCAGUUUAAAUAAUUGAAUGUAUUCACGUGAGUGAGGAUGAUUUGCAACAUGAAUGAAACUUCCCUUUCCAUCCCCACCUUAGUUCAGUAUGCAAGAUCCUCUAAAUCUUCUAGCUGUGAUUAGGAGACAGAAUUCCACUACCAGCUAUUGUUCUUCUAAUGAAUGGAGACUCUAAAA